AUGAGGAAAUUUUCGAUAUUCCUGUUAGUGUCAUUGUGCUUCGCUUCUGAUGCCCUUGGUAAGUACUUACAAAUACAAAUAAGUACUAAAUAUAUAUUUCUGUUUUAUGAAAUUAUCAUGUUCAAGCUUGAACUUUCCUAGUAAAACACAGUUGUUUCAAAUACUUUUUUGAACAAUUAAACACCAGUAAGUCUUUUACUCAUCAAUGGAUUAAAAGAAAGAAGUGUUAAUAACUGUGCAAAAAUGAUCAAUUUGCUUUGUGGAAGAACAUACAAUUCAUAAAACUCUGCAAAUAUAUAAUCAACAUAAGCAUUGCUCAAGCUGCUCGUCUUUGCGCCAUAAAUUCUUCAGCCACUGUAAUAAAAUUAAAAUAUUCUUCGAUAAUGGUGAAAAGAAAUAAAAUAAGAAAAGAAUUAACGAUCACUUUCAACAAUUUUAGUAACGUCUAUUAAUACAAUCGGACAUUGAGUGGAAAUUAUAAAGUCGCUAGAAGUCAGAGAACAAGUCAUGCAAACUCACGGGAGAUCACACUUAAUUGAACAGUGUUUCUUGCUUGACAGCGAAGAAAGGAUUUGGUCCUGGAGAACAAGAAUGGGGAUACGUGAAAGUACGGCCAACUGCACAAAUGUUCUGGUGGCUUUAUUAUACCACCGCGGAUGUGUCGUCUUACUAUGAAAAACCAUUAGUUAUCUGGCUGCAAGGUGGACCCGGUGCAUCCUCCACUUCCUAUGGAAACUUUGAGGAACUUGGACCUUUGGACGCCGACUUGAACCCAAGGAAUUUCACUUGGGUGAAAGAUUACAACGUUCUCUUCAUUGACAAUCCGGUCGGCACCGGUUUCAGUUAUAUUACUGCACAAGAUGGAUACACUAAGACGAAUACAGAGAUCGCACACGAUCUCUUGGAAUGUAUAAAAGGUUUCUUAAAACAGCUACCAGCAUUUUCUAAUGUACCGACGUACAUCACCACUGAAUCUUAUGGAGGAAAAAUGGGUGCAGAAUUUGCCCUUUCAUGGUACAAGGCACAACAGACGGGAACUAUUAAAAGUAACUUGAAGGGUGUUGCUCUUGGUGAUGCCUGGAUCUCCCCUAUUGAUUCAGUGAUGACUUGGGCGCCUUUCUUACUUGCCACGGGUAUGGUAGACACUGCUGGCUAUGAGAAGAUUAACGAAGCAGCUCUGAAAACGAAAAAUGCCGUAGAUACUAAGCAGUGGGCAACAGCAACGAGACUGUGGAGCUAUACUGAAGGAGUCAUUGCUCAAGUUACUAAUAAUAUCGAUUUCUAUAAUAUUCUAACGAAAAUGGAACCUGGUAACCAGGUAUCCCUCAUGGAAAGACUUAAAUCAGAACCAACGUUUGCUCAAGAAUACUCCGUCUUUAGCGACGAAUCUUUAAACAAGCUGAUGAAUGGUCCUGUGAAAGAAGCUCUCCAAUUAACUUCUCGUCAUGGCGCCCAAUCUAAUCUGGUAUUCAGUAAAUUAACAGGAGAUUUCAUGAAACCUGUUGUCAAUAUAGGAACUCUACGCUGGGUUGAGAAGAUGCAAUGGAAAAACGCCAAUCCCUGGCACCGCUCUGCCAGAACUGCCUUAGUAGUGAAAGACACCAUUGAAGGCUACGUAAAAUCUUAUGGCAAUUUCUUUAUGUAUUGGGUCAACAGAGCCGGACACAUGGUAAAUAAUUUGUUUAACCGCGAACGAUGCUUUACAAUCUGUCAUUACAAUCGUUUCUUUUGAAAUUGGCCUCACAUAUCAUGAAACAUCCUUCGUAACUGAAUAUUCUAUAUGGAUGCAAUUAUUUAAUAUUUGAUUUAAAAGUCGUGUUAUUUAAGACUCAUUUCGUCGUAAAGGUACCAAAGGAUAAUCCAGCAGCAAUGGCGUGGAUACUAAAUAAGUUUACCAGCUAA